AUGCUUUUGGACGAGAGAGACUGGUUCGAAAAGGAAGGUAUCGAAUACAUUUCAACAAUAGCAGAAGGUGCCUAUGGCAAGAUCUUUCUCGUCUAUUCCAAAAAGCUUCAAGCAAACUUUGCUCUCAAGAAAAUCCCAGAAAAAGAUUUUAGCGAGAGCGAAGUUGAAUUAAUGAAGGAAUUAUCACAUCCAAAUGUUAUAAAGAUGAUUCAAAUAUACCGCUUUAGUAGCUAUGUUUACUUACUCAUGGAAUAUUGUCCUUUUGAUCUCCAUAAAUUCUUAGAAAAGCACGAACAAGUGAAUCCAGAUCAGCUUAAUAGACUAUGUCAUGAUAUUCUAAUUUCUAUUAAGGCCCUUCAUGAUCAAAAUAUUGCUCAUUCAGACAUCAAGCCAUCAAAUUUCCUGUUAGAUAAGAGUGGUCAUGUUAAAGUUUGUGAUUUUGGAUUCUCAUCUAAAUAUGACGUUAAUUCUGAAUCGCAAACACAUCACGGUACAUUAUUUUUCAUGGCCCCCGAAAUAUUCAAAAAACAGAAAUAUAACCCACUCAAAGCCGAUAUUUGGGCUAUAGGUGUGACAUUUUAUUAUAUGGCAACUCAUUCUUUUCCAUUCUUCUCAACAAAUAUUUUACAGUUCAUCAAAAUUGUCAACAAUGGUUUAUAUCCACAGUACAAGAUCCCCAAUAUAGCCCUCCAAAUGGUCAUAUCUAGGUGCUUGGAAAUAAAUCCUGACAACAGACCCACAAUUGAUGAACUUCUCAGAAUGCCAUAUUUUGAAAUUUACAGAUCUCAAAGAUCGUUCAAGUCUGAAUUGCUUCAGAAUACUCAGUCCCAAAAUGCUAUCAUUGUUAAACCAGUUUUAACAAGAUAUCAUCAGAUCGGAUCAGAGCAUGUAUCUGUUGUUACAUAUCAAAAGAAGAGGAGUGUAUCCAACGCUUUUGAUGUUAAGAAGAUGAUUAGUGGAAAAUAA